UUGGCAAGCACUCGUGCCCCCCUCAUCUCUGCGUGCACGACUCUCUCCUCCGCAGUGCACUGCUGGACAGCCCUAAGUGCGGAGGACAGGACAACACAGGACAGUUAGCGCUUCCCUACAGUCCUAAAGUCCCAAACACGAGAGCAGCACCCACAUGGAGCUAAUAUGAACUGUCGGAGGGCUGGUCUUCACUUCACGACUCACACUCACAGAUUUACAGUUUGAGAGGGAAGGGACAUAUCAGACAUGGACACCUUGGUGUGGAUCUUGAUUUGCGGAGCGCUGGGGCUGGUGUUUGGCUCUAAGCUGGAGCGGGCCAUAGAUGAGGAGUGUGAGUCGGGCAGUUACACUCAUGACGGGGAGUGCUGUUUGCAGUGUCCUCCAGGAGAUGGAGUGGUCAAGGAGUGCGGGGCCACCCAGACCGAAUGCGGUCAAUGCUUAGACAGUGAGACGUUCUCUGAGACGUUCAGUCACACUGAGAAGUGUCAGACGUGUAGAGAGUGCACAGGUCUCAUGCGCAUGCAGACCCCCUGCACUGACUCCAACGACGCUGUGUGUGUGUGCAACUACGCCUACUUCAUGAACGACCUGACGCACCAGUGCGAGCCUUGCACCGUGUGUCCACGCGGUCAUGGUGUGAUGGUACGCUGCGAGCACACCCAUGACACGGUCUGUGAGGAGUGUCUGGACGACACCUACUCUGAUCAGGAGAGCACGCUGGACCCCUGCCUGCCCUGCACCAUCUGUGAGGAGGGAAUAGAGAUUCUCAUGAGGAACUGCACGCCCUAUGAAGAUGCAUGGUGUCACGAUCCUUUGAGUCCUACGUAUCCCGCUUCCACUAGUGAUUCCAGUUCGUUUGUAACUGAUCCGAACCGUUUGUGGAGCCCCAACCCCGGAGGGGACGCCACCACACCCAAACCCAGCUCCCCUCAUUUCAUUGGCAGAGGGCUAAACGAGAACCUGAUUCCCAUCUACUGCCCCAUCCUUGCAGCGGUCGUAGUCGGCCUCCUGGCUUACAUCAUCUUCAAGAGGUGGAACAGCUGCAAGCAGAAUAAACAGGCAGCUAAUAAUCGCGCAGCCACAGCCAAUCAGACACCAUCUCCAGAGGGAGAGAAGCUGCACAGUGACAGCGGCAUCUCAGUGGACAGCCAGAGUCUGCAGGAGCAGCAAGCGCAGACACAGACGCAGGCGCAGGCGCAGGCCCACACACAGCUGCAUGCAGCAGAGCAGAUUGUGGUGAGAGUGGAUGGAGGGGCUCAGCCUGACUCCCCCCCACCUCAGGCCUAACCAGUGAGGAAGAGGACGCUAUGUUAUCAAUAUAACAAUAAAGAGGGGAUGAGAGGUUGGAGUGAAGGAAACAAGGAAGCAGAAAGAGGAGAAUGGAGGAGCGAAGCCAUGAUGGCCAUCCAGCAAGGGACGCAGGGACAAGACCUUUGAUCCUUUUGAACCCAGCACGGACGAUUCGUUGAUGAGCUGGUUCAACAGCACCAAUGGAUCCACAUCAGCAAUCAGACUCACUGGCUUAAAAUAGCUACUUCUAAAUAAACAUAAGCCUAUUACCCUGAAGAAAGUUCACCAUAAUGUAUACUGAAGCCCACCAUAAACUCUGAUGAAUGUGUAACACAUACUGGGUUGCUCAGAUGUAUCAAUGCACACCUUGUGACACAAACUCUGGAUGUCCCGGGCUUCACAAGAGGACGCAAAGAGGCGCUAUCACAGGCUUCACGGAUAUCGCGCAAUUUAGCAGCCGCACCAUGGUUCCUCCACCUGGAGCCUUCUGCCUGAUCUAAUAAGGAUUUCGUUUUUUGCCUUAUCUUUCAAGUAUUAAUAGAUUUUGUCUAUAACAUCAAGGCCCUUUAUUUAAUCAGAAUUGUACACAUUUUCAGGUGUGUGUUAAAACUUUGGGGGGUUGUAUGCAGUUAGCGCAGAACUACCAGUCGGCGUCUACUUUCAAAGCGGCUGAUCGCAGGUCAGCGUUUAUGGGCAACAACUCACGACUGUGACAUUUGCUGACCUUUAAUAAUGUAAUGACUCAGAUCUAUACUUAGCUUGCCUUUCUUUUUCUCUCUUUCACAACCUUUUCUCUAUAAAAAACACACAUAGCGUGUCAUAUUCCCUGCCUUCCUCUAGUUACUGCAGUUUAGGUUUUGUUACCUAGAUCUUCUCGCCUUACCUCUUCAGAAAUCUGAGUCACAAUGCAAAGAGAAACCAGAACUCAAAGAGCUACACAACUAUUUUCAUGCCAUCAUGCACUCCUAGAUGUAACCACUAUGUUUAUGUCCUACCAUUAAUUCAGGUUUGAUAGGGAUUUGGUUUCAAAAUUCAACUUAGCAGCACAGGUUCGUUAAUGAUUCCAGUAAUGAUUCUUUGAGUACUUUUAAGGAAACCUUAUCGACCACCUUAAUAAUUUGUCUUAACUAUUUACUAAACAAAAACUAUAAUAUUUUGCUAAUAUAUAUUUACUUUAAGUUGAAAGCUUAAAACUCCAAAUGUGUAUCUUUAACUACAUAUUGUCAUAUGAAUAACCAGUAACUACACUGUCUCACAAGCCUUAAACUAAAAAAAAAAAAAACUAUCUUUUUUUUUCUUAGACUCUGCAGUCAACGAUUCUUACUGUAGCUCUUGAUGAGUCAUCUGUCUAAGUUAUCUUUUGUUGCCACAUUUGCUCUUUCUUUCUCACUCUUUGUCUUGGUUACAUGAUUCAUUCCAUGAAUGCUGAUGCAGAUUCAGAUCAUAUAAUGUGGUUUGAAUUACUCAACUAUCUCAGCAGUCAUGAGCUGGAAGCCGCGAGAAAGAGAGCUGGUCUAAGGAUGCAUCACUGACCUGUACUAAGGGGCAAUAAAAAGUACCUUAACAUUAUUACAUAAGCUUUAGAGUAAAUCGGAAUGGUCUAACCAAACAAACAAGUUAACACGCAACAAAAAACAGAACAACUAAAAAUAGUCUUUGCUUUCUGUUUUCUAUCCAUCCAAUGGCUAUUGCACUCGUAAAUAGACGUUAGGGACCUAACACAGAUAUUCCACAGCGUGCACACACACACACACACACACACACACAGUAUCUAAUGGACUGUCUUUCGUUGCAUUUCUAAUGCGCUCACCGUCAGGCCCUGGAAUAAACAUGAGAGGCAUUAGUGAGACAUUCCUGUCAGGCAGGUCGUAAUUACCCCUGAAGCUUUCCAUUUUUCUUCCCCACAGUCAGUUCACUCUCCCGGGGAUCCGCACUGCUCGGAUUCCCUUCCCUGGAGCUCUGCCUCUCCAUUCUGGGACUCACCAUCCAACUUUUCUGCUCUCAGCUCCACUAAUAUUCCUACACUCUUAAAAAUAAAGGUUCCAAAAGAUGUUUUCAUAGUGAUGCAACUGAAGAACCAUUUUGGGUUCCCCAAAGAACCUUUUAGUGUUAAGAACACUCUAAAUUUCUAAAGAACCUCUUCCCACUUAAAAUAACCUUUUGUGCAAUGGAAAGGUUCCAUGCAUGUUACAGGUUCUUAAUGGAACCAUUAAAGAACCUUUAUUUUUAAGAGUGUACAUCAGUGAUUAAUCUACAGGAAAUCACAUUUUGAUACAACAAGACCAUGCAAAAUCCAUCUUAAGCAGGUAGCUGUUUUUUGGAACAUUGCCAGUCUUUAGCUGGUUGACCUGCCAGCUUUGUUCAAACCAACUUGACCACCUUAAAAUGGUAUGCUGGUAGCUGUUUCCUGGUGGUUUUCUGACUACCAUGUUAAAAAAAAAAAAAGCCACCAGCUUAAGCUGGAUUUUCCAGCAGGGCCAUUAUUCCUGUACUCAAUGCAAGUUACUGACUGGUUUAAACUAUUAGACUCUAAUUCAGUUCCUACUUGAAGUCAUGCAUUACCUUAAAGUUUGAUGUAUGAGUUGGUGGAACAUCGCUGCCUCCUGCUUUUUUGGCAGGCAGGUUGUCGGCUCCAUCAGCUUUUAUAUGGCUUUAGUAGCGUGCAUCUCCCCUGGAGCUGCACUUUCCAUUAAAUCAGGCAGCGAAGCAUAUCAUUGGCUUCUGGAGUUGCUCGCAUGCUAGUGUUUAAUGCACAUCAUGGGUUGAACGUUCACUCACGGGGCACUUUGCUGAUGUUUGUUCUGAUAUUAGCCUACUUGAGAGAACCUGAUGAGAUCAAGAUAAGAUCUCUGUCUGUCUGCGGGAAUGCGCUGAGAACAGACUGGCUUGUGUUUAUCCCAUGCUUUGAUUCUUAACACAGAGCAGAGAAGUUGGCAGACAUCAAAUAGAGAGAGUUGUUAUGACAAUACAAUAGAAUUCUGAGUGAUUGAUGCUUCUCAGGGGGUGGUGAUGUGAGUAUAAUAUAUCGAAAAUAUGGCUAUAUUUUCAUAGAAUGUUAAAUUGAUUGGUUGUCGUAAUGUGUUCUGAGAAUAUAAGUGUGAGGGAAAGCCAUUUACCAUGUGUUUCACAUAUAAACCAGAUGCCUUGUGCUUGGCAUCUACAAGGCGUCUAUGCAUCAAUCAAUCAGUAAGCAUCUAAAACAAUUAAAGUUAACGGGUGGAUGGAGUCUUGAAUCAGUUCCCUGGAAUGUGCCAAAGUUGCCAUAAAUAAAACACCUCCACAUUACAAUGUCCACUUAAAUGGUUAUAAAUCCAUUUGUCAGCCAGAAAGUGUCAGAUGAAAACAAAACUUGUUUGCAAUAUAUUCACAUACUAAAAAAACUCCAUCCUUGUCCCUCCAUCUUUCUUCAUUUUUACUUCAGUAAUUCUUUAUUUUUUUAUAAGCAGAUGUUUUUUUUAAAAUUUCAAAUAGAUUUAUUCUUUGAGAGCAGUAUUUUAUAGAGACAGUUUACUUUCGUAGCACUUAAAACAGAUUGAAUUUGAACACUCAAAGAGUGUCCAUCACCAGAAAGUGCCUGUGGAUUUUGUCAGGUGUCUUUGAGCAGUGUUCAACAAGUUUGAUUUCAUGUAAAAUGUUUAUGUUACCUAUUUUGCCUGUUUCUGUGUUAAGUGUAUUUGAUAGUGUUUUGCCUUUGUUUUUUAUCUCGUUAAUCUUUAGUUAUAAGAAAAUGUAGUUGAGGAUUUCAAAAUAGUAUGUCAUUAUCCAGGUAAAAUACAUCCAGGUGAAUUUUAUCUAUUGUUCUGUUUCUGAGAAAUGCAGUGUAAAAAGACAAAUACCGUAUGUGUUAUGUCCAUCCCAUUGUGGGAACAGAUGACACACCCUCCCCAAAAAACUGAAAGUAUCAUAUAAAUGUCACUGGUAAUUCACAUUAAACUACUCUAUGAAUUCACCUCACAGCUCAACCUAAUUUACAAAUCUUUGAGCUCUUCAUCCAUAAGCCUAAAAAAUUGGCAAUAUUUGAUCAAUUUUGUGUUUUACAGAUAUGUUGAUAUAAAAAGGGAUUGUACAUUAACUGUUAGUUCAAAUAUAGACUAUAUCACAUUUAAGAGACUCGACUUAGGAUAUUAGGAAGAACCUCCACACGAUGCUUUAGAAAAUCAAUUCCCCUGUUCAGCCUCCAAUAGAGCUGAAUGUUCUCUGUACGUAAUCCAUGCUGUACACUACAUUGUGUAAAUUGUUUCCUGGAGUUGUUAUAACAGUACACUUAUGUAAACAAGAAAUGAAACCAUUAGAAUUCUAUGAAAUAAAAACCAAAUAUGACUGCUACAACACAGUCUGUUUCCAUUAUUAGCUGUGAUUUUCCCAGCAUACAGGAUUAAAAAAAAAAAAAGCUUCACCUGGCAAAAUCGACAAGAGGUUAUGCCAAUAUCAUGAACAUUGGCUUAUAUAAAACAUCCAGCAUCUAAAUACUAAUGGCUUCAGUGUGGUCAUACUGGUGAGUGAGUCUGACCCUUAUAACUCAGAUUGUUCUGACCAAAGACUGAUGUCGUCUGAAGGAAAAAUACCCAUAAUUAAAUUUUUAGACACCCUGUUUUGAUUUGACAUGUGAACACCCUGGGAAACAUGAAUAAGGCACCAAACUCAUGAUCCAUGGUUGAAGUUAUUCAGUGGUUCAACCUCUAUAUGGCCCUUAGAGGCUUCACAACUAAUAUUAGCCCCAAAUCCAGACCUCACCCAAUACACAUGAACCAAAACAAAGCCCUUAAGAUCUGCACCCCAGUAACAACAUGUGCCGAGCAUCAGAUUCCUUCUGUAAAACUAUGUGAAAUUUGCUGUCCUGAGAAUUCAAGCAGGC